AUGGAAGUUGCCCCGGGGACUCAGUUUACAGAAGCAUUUGUUUUUGGGGACAGGUUGGAGAUGCAGCAAGAACUCUUUCCCCGGGAGGACUUGGGGAGUCCCUUUCUUCAGGACCGAGCUCUGGAGCACAUGGCUGUCAUCUAUAAGGAGGUCCCUCUUGGGGAGCAGGGUGAGGAGUGUGGUGAUUAUGGGGGCAGCUUCAGUCUGUGUUCUAGUCCCAUGCCACAGCAGAAUGCACUUCCAACCACUGUGCCCCAGGAUGGUGAAUUACUCAACUUGGCUUUCCUGCAGCAGUCAGAUCUCAGCGUGUGUCACUUGGCUCCUACUGGUGGAGAAGACUCUGGCGAGCCUGAUGCCAAGAAAGCAGGCUGGAGGGAUGCUGGGCUUGGUGACCCUUGCAGAGCAGCCAAGCCAUAUGAGUGCCAGGAGUGUGGAAAAGCCUUCAGCCAGAGCUCCCACCUGCUGAGGCACCAGGUGAUCCACACUGGUGAGAAGCCAUACGAGUGUGGGGAGUGUGGGAAGGCUUUCAGCCAGAGCUCACACCUGCUCCGGCACCAGGUGAUCCACUCCGGGAAGAAGCCGUUUGUGUGCCAGGAGUGCGGGAAGGCUUUCAGGCAGAGCUCUGCCCUCACGCAGCAUCAGAAAACCCACAGUGGCAAGCGGCCCUACGAGUGCAGGGCCUGUGGGAAGGACUUCAGCCGCAGCACCAGCUUGCGGAAGCACGAGCGGAUCCACACGGGGGAGAAGCCCUACCAGUGCAAAGAAUGUGGGAAGGCCUUCAACCAGAGCUCGGGCCUGAGCCAGCACCGCAAGAUCCACACCCUGAGGAAGCCCCACACAUGCGACCUCUGUGGGAAGGCCUUCUGUCACAGGUCCCACCUUGUCCGGCACCAGCGCAUACACACAGGGAAGAAGCCCUACACAUGUGAGGAGUGUGGGAAAGCCUUCAGCCAGAGCUCCAACCUCAUUGAACACCACAAAACUCACACGGGUGAGAAGCCGUACCAAUGUCACCAAUGUGGGAAAGCCUUCAGCCAGAGCUCCAACCUCAUUGAACACCACAAAACUCACACGGGUGAGAAGCCCUAUGAAUGUGGCCAAUGUGGGAAAGCCUUCUGCCACAGUUCAGCCCUCAUCCAGCACCAGAGGAUCCACACUGGGAAGAAGCCCUAUGCCUGUAAUGAGUGUGGGAAAGCCUUCCGGCACCGGUCAGCCCUCAUCGAGCACUACAAGACUCACACCAGGGAGAAGCCCUAUGAAUGCAAUACUUGUGGCAAGGCCUUCCGGGGCAGCUCACACCUCAUCCGGCACCAGAAAACCCACACAGCCGCUGAGAAGCUGUAG